AUGCCCUUGACCCAUAUCGGCAGUUAUACCCGAGCACCUCCAUCCGUGAUAUCAACGCCGCAGCCUAAACUCGAUUAUCAUGUGGAGAAGCUAUGUUGCAUCUUGGCGGCGCAAUUUGACGCCAUUGGUCGGUUUGAGGUGGGUUUGCCUGGGGAAGUGGAGGUUAUGGGACCAUUGAACGAUAAGAGUUUCAUUAACGUCGAAGAAUACUUUGCUGAAUAUGGCAUGGUCACUGUCCGUUAUCAGAGGUUUUGGCAAGAUCCUGGUCUCGAAGAAUCCUUCAGUCCUCUAAGCAAAGUCUCAUUGAGUGUGAUCUUUGUUCAUAACAUAGAGGACGAGGACUGGUAG